AUGCCGGCCAGCUACGGGAGUGACAACAGCUACGGGAGUGACAACCCCGACUGCGUGAGGGUCGAUCACCUCGGUGAUGUCGGCCGUGCUCGCUCGUCUUCGAGUGCCAAGUGGAAGAAGGCGGCCCUGGUGACUGCCGGGGCCGCGAUGUGUAUCGGUGCAGCUCUUGUCGUGUACGAGGGCUGGAAUGCUCCGCUUAGUGCAACCGUGACGGGAAGUGCGUCUCCAAUCACCAAGAUGAACCUGGAGAGAGUGGCUGUGUCUACCGACCAGACCAACCUCAUGUCGGGCCAACCGGUUCUGCUUCGCGUCCAGCGCUCGCCAAACCUCUGUGCGGACGACGGGGGAGGCACUAAGGCGGACGAGACGCUCUUCACCGGCCAACCAUGCAACCCGAGCAAUCCGAACCAGCUCUUCAUCUACGACAGCGCUACCUACCGGUUCAAGAGCGCGAAGAAACCAAAUUUGUGCAUUGACACCGGGGGUGGCGGUAUUAUGAUGACGUCGCUGCGGCUGUCCAAGUGUGAUAAGAAGAGCGCAGAUCAACGCUUUACCUACAACCCCAACGCGCUCACGCUCUCGAUGAUCUACGGCAACGUGUACCAGAGCUUCGAGGUGGUGUCUCAGGCUACCCUUGCAGCGGAGCAAAGACGAUUCUGGAUGCUGUCGCUGAAGGCGGGAAAGACCGACUUUCGUCUGGCGGAAUGCUCGACGAGUAGUAUCGAUCAGACGUUCACCUUGAUGUUUAAGCAGCUCAACAAGGCUAAAUUGUGCCUGGACGACGGCAGCGACGGUACCGACACCACGCCAAAACUGACCUUAAAAGCGUGCGAUCUGUACAGCAACAGCCAACACUUUGAGUAUGUGCUCCAAAACGAUCCGGUCACUCCUGCCACCGCUUCGACAUCGAUACCAUCGACGACGACAAUAGCAUCAACCCCUGCUCCUGCGACUGCCACUCCUGUGACUGCUUCGGUGAUGGACACCUCAGUGACGACGACAUCUGCCCCCGUGGCUGCGAGUACUACUACGACGAGCUCGACCCAGGUCUCUGCUGCUUUGACCACCCAGCAAACCGGCGUGACCACUGCUUACGAAACACCAGUAGACGCAUCAAGUACUGCAACACAGUCAGCAACGGAGACUGCGUACCAGCAGGAGCCCACCACUGCGCCGCAACAAAGUCAAUACUCAACCGUCUCCGCUGUCGAACCUGAUACAACAACGACUGUAAAUUCUCAAACGACGGCAACGACAACCGACGUGAUGAUGCCGCAGCAGAGCCAAACAACUUUGCACACCGGCGACAUGGAGCCGAACAUGGCCGCAUCGAAGCAGAGCGAUAUGACGUCUACCUCCACCACGUCCAUGAUGGAGCCCGGCAUAAAGGGGAACGACAUAACCUCGACCAGGCCAGGGAUGGAUCAUGACAUGAUCACAUCGAAUGAUGACCUUGGCAACUCGAUGCCGGCGACUUCUGCGAUUACAAACAUGGACGCUUUCGCCGCCAAUUUCGUGGGCAAGGACUGGAACUUGCUGGCGCCAUCCGACAGCACCCUCGCUCGCGUUGACAAGGAUAACGCCCCCGUUGUCCCAGUCGCGAACAUUUUCCAGUACCUACAGAGCCUGAAGGACCGCGCUGACCUAGAGCACGAGGUGAUGAUGUAUCGCUACAAGCGAACGUUCGAGUGCGCGACUGAGGGGUUGAAAGCGCUGGCCGAGGACUCGGUAACCACGGACGAGUACAAGGUGCUGGUUCGUUGGAUGUACGACCACUGCGCUGCCGGAAACACCAAGAUUGAGAUGCCCAAGGACCUUCCCAUCACCGAUAUCGACACUCCGUGGGACAGCGACGCGAAGACGGACGUGAAGCGUCAGUUCAUGACGAAGCUCGACUUCUACUACGAGAUCAAGAGCUACUUCGCCGAGAGGAGCGAGAAACUCAACGGCGAGGUGGCAGCUAUCCGCUUGCGCUCGGAAGAAACCAAAGAGCUCGAGGAGAAGAUGAUCGACUGCAUCGACGAUGCCUCGGAGCGCUUCGGCUUCCAAGUGAACUCGAACGCUUACGCAACGACGAAGCACCUCAAGGCUGCUAUUGCGUGGGUCGAGGACUCGUGCAUGAAGGCUUAA